GAUCCGUGCCCUCCUGUCCUCCCCUCUUCUCCUCUCCCACUGUCUGUGUUUUUGUGACACCAAUGAGUUCAUACUUUGUAAACUCCUCUUUCAUUCCCGGGGCGGGUGGAGGCGGCCAGGCGGCGGCGGACCCCCCCUUCCUGGGUCAGAUCUCGCUGUAUUCUUCGGGGUACACUGACCACCCGCUCAGACACUACACGGGCGCGGCGGCCGUGGCGUACAGCGCGGGCGGAGCGGACAAAGCCUACCCCGGUUCCAUUUACCAGCAGGCGGCGGGCGGCGCGUACAGCGGGCACCGGGCGGGGGUGGGAGUCGUCGGGGGGGCAGCCGGAGCCGCCGCCUGCGACUACGUCGCCGCUGCUGCAGCGGCAGCCACGAACUUCUACCGGGACAAGGAGCCGAGCAGCCUGGAGGAACUCGCUGUGAGCCAGGACGGCAUGCACCGGAAGCUGGACUGUGGGGGGCUCGCAGGGAAGGGGCUGUUCGUGGACACCAUGGAUGACAAGCAAACAUCUACCCCCAUUUAUCCGUGGAUGCAGAGGAUGAACGCGUGCAACGGAAGUUUCGGCAGCCCCGGGCGGCGUGGGCGGCAGACCUACACACGGUACCAGACCCUGGAGCUGGAGAAGGAGUUCCACUUCAACAGGUACCUGACGCGGCGGCGGCGCAUCGAGAUCGCGCACGCGCUCUGCCUGACAGAGCGACAGAUCAAGAUCUGGUUCCAGAACCGGAGGAUGAAGUGGAAGAAAGAGAACAAGCUGAUCAACUCAUCCUCUUCCUCCUCUUCCUCCACGGUGAACGGGACUGAUGAAGAGGAGAAACCGACGGACUGAUUUCAACUAAAAACUGACGGGACGGUUAAAGGAGGAAGAGCAGCUAACAAAGCACGC